AUGCCAGUUCUACCCGGCAGGCGAGUACCUCAGGUUUGUCCGGGUCCGUGUAUUAUACAGUUUAUAUCUCCUUAUGUUUGUACCCUGGUUUGGUCAACCUCCAUGUUACCCUCGGUGUGUGGUGUUACAGGAUGCCAGUUCUACCCGGCGGGCGAGUACCUCAGGUUUGUCCGGGUCCGUGUAUUAUACAGUUUAUAUCUCUUGUUACCCUCGGUGUGUGGUGUUACAGGAUGCCAGUUCUACCCGGCGGGCGAGUACCUCAGGUUUGUCCGGGUCCGUGUAUUAUACAGUUUAUAUCUCUUGUUACCCUCGGUGUGUGGUGUUACAGGAUGCCAGUUCUACCCGGCGGGCGAGUACCUCAGGUUUGUCCGGGUCCGUGUAUUAUACAGUUUAUAUCUCUUGUUACCCUCGGUGUGUGGUGUUACAGGAUGCCAGUUCUACCCGGCGGGCGAGUACCUCAGGUUUGUCCGGGUCCGUGUAUUAUACAGUUUAUAUCUCUUGUUACCCUCGGUGUGUGGUGUUACAGGAUGCCAGUUCUACCCGGCGGGCGAGUACCUCAGGUUUGUCCGGGUCCGUGUAUUAUACAGUUUAUAUCUCUUGUUACCCUCGGUGUGUGGUGUUACAGGAUGCCAGUUCUACCCGGCGGGCGAGUACCUCAGGUUUGUCCGUGUCCCGGAGUCCCUCCCUGUUGGAGGGGAAGUGCUACAAGUAGAGGUGCAUCCUCGUCGCAACCUCACCAUACAACCAGUAGAUAAGGCGGAGGAUGUCGAGUUCUUCAGGUACAGGGCCAUCAACAAGACGACAGUGUCUGUACGGUUGGCUCAGUCACUGGAGGAUCUUGUAGACUCUCCCAACCCCAGAAAUGUGCUCAAGUUGCGACUGGUGUGUGACUAUGACGAUGGUGACGACACGAUAAUGUCGUAUCUAUCAGUGACUGUGUAUGUAGAGGACGUCAACGACCACGACCCAGAGUUUCUGAACACCCCGUACAAGGUCAGCGUGGACGAGCUCACCCCUACAGGUAUCACGAUAUUCCGAGGUAUUCACGCCGUGGACGGAGACAAGCCCAACACCCCCAACUCGGAGCUGCAGUACGCCAUCGUCGCCGGCAACGACAAGGGCAAGUUUACGCUGGAGAACUCUCCUCGGGCCGCGCUGGUGCUCAGGAAACCUCUGGACUUUGACACCGGAGACACUGCCUUCAACCUCACCAUCAUGGCGGCCGACCAAGGCAAGCCUCCUCGAGCAGCCACAGCCAACCUGCAGGUGCUGGUGACAGACAGUGAUGACCUCAGCCCCAAGUUUACCCGUGACAUUUAUCGCACUCAGAUCAUGGAGUUCUACCCUAUCACGGGUAAAAGAAUCCACCAAGCUCUCAGGUUCACUCCUCCGAUCCACGCAUAUGACCAGGAUCGGUCCCUCAAUGCUACCAUCAGGUAUGACAUCAUUGCUGGCAACGAGAGACAUCUGUUCUCCCUGGACCCUCACAAUGGGACGCUGUUCUUGGAGCGAGAAUUGGACUUGGACACUCUUCCUGGGAACACUUUCACGCUUCAGAUCCAAGCGUCACAGGACAACAACCCUCUGAAGACCUCGGUUGCCCGUGUUGAGGUUGAACUGCAAGACAUCAACGACAACAAGCCUCAAUUUGAGGUUGACCUCUACAACAUCAGCAUUGUUGAGAACCUUCCUAAUGGCUUCAGCGUACUGCAGGUCCUAGCCACAGACCAAGACCAGGGGGACAACGGGGAGUUUGUAUACCACCUGGUGGACCCUUCGCAAGCUUUCAGUAUUGAUGGCCGCAGUGGUUGGCUGACUGUCCGCAACCAGGCUAAGCUGGACAGAGAACAGAGGCCUUCACUGUCCAUGAGGGUGUUGGCUAGGGAGAAACUGCCCAGUGUGGUCACACCAGCUAGUGAUUCCUUUGUGUCGGUGGAAGUCACUCUGCUUGAUGCCAACGACAACAACCCGGUGUUUGUGCCGAGUAAUCUGUACGAAUUCUCUACAACCCCGAACAUACCUGUUGGGCAUGUUGUUGGCAAAGUACAAGCCAAGGACCCUGACCUGGGUCGCAAUGGGAUGGUACUGUUCCAGCUUCAGCGUAGCAACACGUCCGCUCACACCAGUCAGCUAACAGUGGACCCUCAGUCUGGCAAUGUAGUGGUCAGUGACGUUCCGCUCGUACUGGGCAAACACACGCUCUUUGUGGAGGCGAGUGACCAGCCGGCCAACCCCAGCGAGCGGAGGUUCUCACUAGCAGUCGUCACUGUACUGGUGGAGCCUGCCAAGAAGGACUUGCUGCCAGACUUCGUAGGGGCCCCGUAUGAGUUCUGGGUUGGUAGCGACGUCCCUGUAGGAACUUCCGUGGGUCAGAUACGAGUUACAGACGCAGUCAACAAACGUAGAGUCCUCUAUGAUCUACUCCACAGCUACCAUGAAGGAGUUCCCUUUGCUGUAGAGGAGAGAUCUGGCACUAUUACAGUGGUUGACAACAUGGAUAACUACGACAGGCUUUUGUACGAUUUUGAAGCCGUCGUCACAGAUGAAAAAGAGAUCACGCUGAUCACAAAUGUCACAAUACACGUCGUCCAUUCCGACUCUGCCUUCUCCGCUGAUAGCACCAAUGAACCGAUUGUGAUGAAGUUCAAAGUCCGAGAGAACUUGUCCGGAGCUUUGGUAGGUCAGCUGCUUCCUGUCCGGAACACCACAGACCCGAGUCCCUGGAAGGGAGUGAAGUUUAUGAUCGUGAGUGAGCCGGAGGUGACAGAGCAGUUCGCCAUCUCUCAGGACGGAACGGUUUACACCCAAAAGAGUCUGGAUCGAGAGCACAAGGACUCUUAUCAGCUGAGUGUGAUAGCAGAGAGCGGUAGAGGGGUCAUUGCUCACAGAGGAUUCUAUCAGAUCCAUGUAACUGUGGAGGAUGAGAAUGACAAUGCACCAAAGUUUGCCAAACAGUUCUACUCGGGUCACAUAAGAGAGGACUGUUUGCCCGGGUGUCGAGUAGCUAUGGAUGGACCAAUCAUGGCAGUCGACAGUGACAUUGGCGGUAACGCUAAGUUCCACCUAUCUCUCCAUGGAGAGGACAGCCGAUUGUUCUUCCUGGAAUCUUCCGGUUAUGUGAAACUUGUGGGGAAAUUGGAUAGAGAAAUCAAGGAAAAAUAUGUUCUCAGAGUUGUGGCAACUGACAAAGGAAACCUAACAUCAGAAGUGGUGCUGACAAUCCAAGUAGACGACGUGAACGACAACCCACCCCAGUUUGUCCAAAUGUGGGUUCAUCCUAGCGAAAACGUAGAAAUCCCAGAACCAGUGACCAGUGCCGUCCUGGUGGUUGUGGGGAACAAAACAGUCGUGGAAGGCAGCAGGAGUCUCAAGGAGAAGGAAAUACUUCCAGUAGUCUCUAUCCCCGAGACAUUAACUGUGGGAUUCCCUGUCCUUCGGCUCCUAGCUAUAGACAAAGACAGCGGUGAGAACAGUACGGUAGUUUAUAAGCUGGUGAGCGAGACGUAUAUACCUGAGAUAUCUGUAGUGGCUCCCUACACGACCCAUCACUUCACCGUACACCCUACAACAUGCGAGGUUACAGUAUCAGGUAUACUCCCACCACAAACAGAGUUCCGACUGAACAUAACGGCCACCGACGCUGGUGGUCUGGAAGCUUAUGUUAUUGCAAGAGUGUUUAUCAAAGAUGUGAACAACAACCCACCGGUUUUUGAAAAAUCUAGAUACUAUUUUGAAAUUGUCGAGGGAGAAUACACAAGAAAACUUUUAGGACACGUGAUGGCGUCGGAUCCAGAUUUUGGGGAAAAUGCUAAUGUCACUUAUACCCUUCUGAAAAAGAGAGAUAGCACUGCAAACUUACCUUUUAUGAUGUCGUUCGAUGGAAUUAUUUCAGUAGUGGGAAAAUUAGACCAUGAAACCCAGACUAGUUAUAAUUUCCGAAUAAUGGCUCAAGACAAUGGUCCAGUUAAUAGAAGACUUCGCAGCACUGUUGAUGUGGAAGUGAAAGUUUUAGACGUAAACGAUAACCCUCCAGUUUUUCAUAAUUAUAAUAAACUCGUAAAAGCAAGACCAGUAGACUUAUCAGGCUCAUCAUCAGUCUUGGUGAAAUCGUCAGAUAUAAUUUUGUUACCGUUAUACACAGCUUCUGUCCCGGAAAACAGCCCACCGGGAACCAGAGUUGCUAGAGUUUCUGCUAAUGAUUCUGAUUCACCAGUUAAUGGCAACGGAAUGUUUCUCUACCACAUUCAACAUGUCAGCAACAGGCAACAUCUAUUUGCUGUUGACUCUAAAGACGGAGUUGUCACAACUACAACAGCGCUAGACUUUGAGAGACAAAGUGUACACAAUGUGACAAUUGUAGCGUCAGAUUUGGGUCAUCCUUCUCUCAGCUCUACGGCUCUGCUCAUGGUGACUGUGCUUGACGUCCCAGAAGAAGUGGAUGAAGAUAUUCCUGGGCCGAUAUUCACUCAUAGAUACUAUGAGCUUGAGGUUGAAGAGAACACCCCUGUACCUCUGAAGCUGCUCACACUCAAUGUUAGCCAAGACUUCCGUACAAGAUCUGCCGCUGGUUUCACCUUCAGUGUCGUCCCUGGGACGGACAGCGAGUGGUUCCAUGUGGAAAGGUUCAAUGGAUCGUUGUAUCUGAUGAUCAACGCAGACAGAGAGAAAGUCACUCGUCUGGAGGUGACAGUUCAAGUCAACCCAGUCAAGAAGUCCAGAGGCUUUCCCCACAUGAUCUUCCCUGCCUCAUCCACCGACUUGGCUCCGAACGAGGUGAAGGUGGUAUUGAGGAUCAAGGACGCCAAUGACAACUCUCCCCAGUUUCCCCUGAACGGACGACCUCUUGUGGCAGCCAUUCCCACCUCGGCCACCUACGGCUUCCCCAUCGCAAGGCUUCAGGCAACAGACGCAGACGAAGGGCUGAACGCAGAGGUUCGCUACCAGAUCCUUGGAGGAGAGGCAGACUACUUCACCAUAGAUGCUGUGUCUGGUCAUGUAAGAGCUGUAGCUAGCUUCGCACACCAGGCUGGACAUGUUUUCGGGUUUGACGUCAAGGCUACCGAUCGGGCAGGAGCACACGAUGGACGAUCAGCCAUUGCUAACGUCUUUGUUUAUGUAUUGAAUGAACAGAAGAAACUUGCAUUGAUUAUGAACGCUAAGCCAAUUGAUGUAGAGGAUCAUGUGGAUAACAUAACAAAAGUCCUAUCUAACAUCACUGGACUGGACGUAAGAUUGAGAAUGCUAGAACCGCACAAAGAGGACACAGGGGAAUAUACGGAUGCAACGGACAUGUACCUGUAUGCUGUGGACCCUAUCAUGAAUGUUAUUGUAGACAUGGAGACAUUGAAUGAAGUCCUAAGCUCAAGACAGGAUGAGGUGAAGCGUAGUCUGGAGCCGCUGCAUGUGCUGGAGGUUGCAGGAACUGGGGCAGUCUACCACUCUCCGCCCCGGGCCAUCCCCCAUCCCCCACGGGCCCCUCUGCUCACAGGGCUGGAGGUGGUGACUAUAGUUCUCGGAUGUGUCGUCUUCUUAGGAGCCCUCACUGCGGCGUUCUGUGUCGUGUGUCUCAGCAAGAAGAGAAGUAAAAAGAUGGGAGGCGGCUACCCCAUAAACAGCAUCGACCUCUCUAUGUCAAAGCAACGUCUGGACUGUAAGCCUCGCUCCCUCUUCUACUCUGGGGCCUUUGUCGAGGAUACAUCAGACAGUUAUAUCUCCCAGAGAUCAGACUGUGCGCGCCACAUGCGCCACGGGAGACACCGUCAUGCGCCGUCUUGUGUGCGCCAUCACUCUCGCCGGCGCGCACCUGCACGUUCACCUUCCACUAAGAUGCUGGAGCUGUCACUGGCGUCGCUACAUUCGAGUGCACGUGACUCAGGCAUAGGAGACCCUGGCAGACGCGGACGUUGCGCCUGCGGACACUCAACCUCGCACUCAUCUGCCAACAGUAGCAAUGGCAGCUAUGAAGAUUCACUAAAGUCUCUCCACAGGCAUCAAAGCCACAGCAGUGGGGGCAGUGCAGGAGGGGUGGGAGGAGGGGGGUGUACUGGACAUGGCGGGGAAUUCACCCUCCAACGUCACCAGCGGAAAGACUCCAUCUCCAUGAUGCAGCCUCCGCCACCGCCAUUCCCAGGCUCCGCCCUAGUACGGAGGCCUAGCGAACGGAUGGUCAUCGCACGAUGA